AUGGAGAAAGCCUACAAUGGAGGAGGCAAAGAAGCAACCCCCGGCGCCGUCUCAGCCCAGGGCGACGUUGUGGAAUAUUCCACCGGCGGGCAGGCCAACGCGCCCUUCAGCCUCCUCCCCCAUGACUCCGAGUACUUCAUCAAGUGGGAUCCCCCGCCACCGCUGGAAACCUCGUCCGGUGGCGGAUCGCCGGUGCGCGAAGAAGUGGUGGUGGUGCUGCUGGGGUGGCUGGGCGCGCGGCAGAAGCACCUGCGGAGGUACGCAGACCUGUACCGCGAUCGCGGGGUCGGGUCGGUGCGCUUCAUCGUGCCCGUCCGCAAGAUCGUGGGGCCCCACUUGGAACGCCGCUUCUUGCGUAUGCUCGCUGACCUCUCCGCCAUGAUCGCCGCCUGGUGCGACGCCGACAGCCGCCGCAUGCUCCUCUUCCACACCUUCAGCAACACCGGCUGGCUCGCUUAUGGCGCGGUACUUCAGAAUCUACAAUCAAGACCAGAUAUAACUGAGAGGAUAAGGGGAUGCAUUGUAGACUCUGCACCAGUUCUAGAGAUAACACCCAAGGUCUGGGCUGCUGGUUUCACUGCUGCCAUGAUGAAGAAAAGAAGUUCUUUCAAAGGACCCCCGGCUGACUCUCCCGAUGGAUCUACUUUUAAUGGUGCCUUGAACAAAGUUAAUUGUGUCUCCGAGUUGACGAAGCAAUCAUGGCGCGAAACUGUUCUUCAAUCAACUCUUGAGAAGAUCUUUAAAUUUUUUCUUUUUGUCACUGAUGUGAACAAGGGAAUACGCAAGCUCCUCGCUGUUCUAUCAGAGAAGCAGCCGUCCUGCCCUCAGUUCUACAUGUACAGCUCAGCCGACAGAGUGAUACCCGCCGAAUGCGUGGAGAGCUUCAUCAGCAAGCAGAAAUCACUAGGACUGAACGUGUCGGCCCACAAUUUUGUGUGGUCGCCGCAUGUGGAUCACUACAGGAGCUUCCCUCACCUGUACUCGGCCAAGGUUGACGAGUUCAUCAAGCUCUGUUCCCCAACUACAGUAAGAUCGAUGUGA